AUGACUGUGUCCGCUGCUCACCCUGAAACCAACCCAAAAUGGUGGAAAGAGGCUACUGUGUACCAGAUAUAUCCUGCCAGUUUUAAGGACUCGAACGAUGACGGAUGGGGAGACAUGGAAGGAAUCCACUCGAAACUCGACUACAUCAAGAGUCUAGGAGUUGACGCUAUUUGGAUCUCUCCAUUUUACGACUCCCCCCAGGACGACAUGGGCUACGACAUUGCCAACUACGAAAAAGUGUGGCCCACGUACGGAACCAACGAAGAAUGCUUCAAAGUGAUAGAAAAAACUCACAAGCUGGGAAUGAAGUUCAUUACAGAUCUGGUCAUCAACCAUUGUUCCACGGAACACGAAUGGUUCAAGGAAAGUAGAUCUUCCAAAACCAAUCCCAAGCGUGAUUGGUUCUUCUGGAAGCCACCCAAGGGCUACGACGAAAAUGGUAAACCCAUCCCUCCCAACAACUGGAGGUCUUAUUUCGGUGGCUCUGCAUGGACUUUUGAUGACACCACGGGCGAGUUCUUCUUGCGUCUUUUCGCCUCAACGCAACCAGAUUUGAACUGGGAAAGUGAAGCGUGCAGAAAAGCCAUCUACGAAAGCUCCGUUGGGUUCUGGCUUGACCACGGUGUGGACGGCUUCAGAAUCGACGUGGGCAGUCUGUACUCUAAAGUCGUGGGUCUUCCAGACGCUCCAGUCACUGAUAAAAACUCCCCUUGGCAAUCCAGCGAUCCAAUGACCUUAAACGGCCCUCGUAUUCAUGAAUUUCAUCAGGAGCUAAACAAGUUCAUGAGAGACAGGAUCAAAGAUGGAAGGGAACUUUUGAACGUCGGCGAAGUGCAACAUGCUUCGGACGAGGUCAAGAAGCUGUACACGGGUGCGUCCAGACAUGAACUCAGCGAGCUCUUCAAUUUUUCGCAUACUGAUGUUGGUACCUCGCCCUUGUUCCGCUACGAACUGGUCCCAUUCAAGCUCAAGGACUGGAAGCUUGCUUUGGCCGAGCUAUUUAGGUUUGUUAAUGGAACAGACUGCUGGUCGACCAUCUACCUAGAAAACCAUGACCAACCACGUUCGAUUACCAGAUUUGCAGAUGAUUCGCCAAAGAACCGUGUCAUUUCGGGCAAACUUUUGAGUGUUUUGCUGACAUCGUUGAGCGGAACUUUGUAUGUGUACCAGGGUCAAGAGCUUGGUCAAAUCAACUUCAAGAACUGGCCUGUGGAAAAAUACGAAGACGUGGAGAUCAGAAACAACUAUCAAGUCAUCAAAGAUGAGCAUGGUGAGGACUCUGCGCAAAUGAAGAGUUUCUUGAAAGCAAUUGCCUUGAUCUCCAGAGACCAUGCCAGAACACCCAUGCAAUGGAGCAAGGAAGAACCAAACGCCGGAUUCUCGGGCUCUAAGGCCAAGCCAUGGUUCCAUUUGAACGAAUCGUUCAGGGACGGUAUCAAUGUUGAAGACGAACUCAAGGACGAAGAUUCAGUUCUCAACUUCUGGAGAAAGGCCCUGAAGUUCAGAAAAGCUCACAAAGACAUUACAGUGUAUGGUUACGAUUUUGAGUUCGUUGACCUGGAAAACGACCAGAUUUUCAGCUUCACCAAGAAGUACGGUCAAAAGACACUGUUUGCUGCUUUGAAUUUCAGCUCAACGCAGGCUGAGUUUGAAAUUCCAAACGAUGACGGAUCCUACAAGCUUGAGUUUGGCAAUUUCUCCGAAACUAAGAUCGAUCCUCAAUCCAGAAGCUUGGCUCCAUGGGAGGGUAGAGUUUACAUCUCCUAG